AUGGGAGAUUCAGUACCUCUAAAACUAGCACUGCCAGAGCUGAAGUAUCCUAUUGGUUCACAGCCAAAGGAAAAGUCAGCAAUCAACCAAUACUCCGGCUCAGAGUAUAUCUCUAUUGUCAAAAGCAUCCUAAAACCAGAUGAGAUGAUGAGAGUCCGGGGAUCAUUUCUGGGACCUAUAAUGAAGCUCAGUGAGAGAGGAUUGAAGUUAUCAGGAAAGAUAGUCUACGCCAUUCUCACUAGAAGCAUCGUUUCUGUCAAGGAGAAUGAAGCCUGGUUCCAUUUCGGUGCGCAGCCAAUGAGAAGGACCACGAAGGGAACCGAGAGAUUUAAUUGGGAAUUGCUAAAGGGGCGUAGUCAUAAGUUAAGUGACGUGGUGGACCAGCUCAGAAACACAAGAGAAGAUGCUUCUGAGGAGAGAGUAUGCCUCGCAAUGCUCAUCCUGGUAGAGAGCAUAUUAUUGCGGAAGAGCAAAGGAGGGAGUUUUCCUUUGGAAUAUGCGAAAAAUGCACAGGAUAUGACAUAUCCAUGGGGAAAAGAGGCUUACAUUGUGCUCCUGAAGUCAAUUCAAAACGCUGUCGCGAAUCAUUUGGAGAAUAAAUCCAAAUUUGAGUUGCAAGGUUAUCCUCUAGUAUUCCUUCUUUGGAUACUAGAGUCGAUUCCUUUGCUAAGGAAUAAGUUCAGUAAGUGUGUACCAACAGUUGAGGUUCCUGGGCCGACUUACUUGUGUGAAAAAUACACUGAGAUAGAGAAUCCAUCACUUGAUAGGGUUUUACAGGUUGAAGCUGAUACAAAGCUGAAGGUCCAUUGCAUACUACCUUCUAUUCCUCAUGAUCCAGAAGAUGAUAUCUCCAUUGAAGACAAAUAUAGUGACGAGUUGGAAACAGUGAAAGAUGUAACAAAGAAAGGGUACAAGAUUACAGCCGAUGACUGGGAAAAUAGGUGUGUAGACACAUUUGACACAUUGGAUGCUCUUAUUCAAAUGAUGGCAAAUAAGGAGACUGGCCAAGCUUCUACUCCGAUUGAUGAGGAUUCAGUAAAUGAAAAAGUGAACAGGAUCAUCACGAGUUGGAAGGAAACAGCAAUGUUUUUCCCACUAACGUGA